CUUCUGAUUCGUGGAGGACGUCCGCCACUAUGUCGGAGACCGCGCCUGUUGCCGCUCCUGCUGUCUCUGCACCUGGGGCGAAAGCCUCCGCCAAGAAGCCGAAGAAGGCGGCGGGCGGCUCCAAAGCCCGCAAGCCCGCGGGGCCCAGCGUGACCGAGCUGAUCACCCAGGCCGUGUCCGCCUCCAAGGAGCGCAAGGGGCUGUCGCUGGCCGCCCUGAAGAAGGCGCUGGCAGCCGGCGGCUACGAUGUGGAGAAGAACAACAGCCGCAUCAAGCUGGGGCUCCGGAGCCUGGUGAACAAGGGCACCCUGGUGCAGACCAAGGGCACCGGCGCCUCGGGCUCCUUCAAGCUGAAUAAGAAGCCGGGUGAAACCAAAGAGAAAGCAACGAAAAAGAAGACAACGGUGGCCAAGCCCAAGAAGGCGGCGGCCAAGAAGCCGGCCAGCGCGGCCAAGAAGCCCAAGAAGGCGGCGGCCGUGAAGAAGAGCCCCAAGAAAGCCAAGAAGCCGGCGGCCGCGGCGGCCAAGAAGAGCGCGGCCAAGAGCCCCAGGAAGGCCAAGGCGGCCAAGCCCAAGCGGGCCGCCAAGAGCCCGGCCAAGGCCAAGGCGGUGAAGCCCAAGGCUGCCAAGCCCAAGCCCAGCAAGCCCAAGGCAGCCAAGGCCAAGAAGGCGGCGCCCAAGAAGAAGUAAAGCGGCUACCGACGAUUAUUCAUGCAAACCCAACGGCUCUUUUAAGAGCCACCCACCCUUUCCUAAAAGGAGCUGAAACACUAUUCCUCACAGCACCAGUAGCGGGUGCCGCCGGCCCCCUAGUGCCCGGGGCGAGGCGGUGAGUCUACACGUAGCGCACGUUUAAAACUAGCCCAGCCGGGUUUUGCCCCUGGGGUCUGCCAGGUCCCGGUGCCGCCGUGCGUUCCCGCGCCUGCAGCACUUGCAAGUAACAGUCAAGGCUAUAAAUCCCCAAACAGCAAGCACAUGAUGACUUGCGAAACGCGAUCUGACUUCCUUUACCAGUCGUGGUGGGGCUGCAACAGCUGGACUUGUGUUGGCCCCACGUCCGCGGGGCGGGGGCCAGGCCCCAGGCACAGCGAGAAGCGAUCCCGCUGCUGACUGGCGGCUGGAAAUGGCAUUCAAACAGUUGGAAACUUUGAAAAGCCCGCGCUGCGCAGGGAUUGGUCAGACUGCCGCCCUGUGUCUAACCCUCCGGGCCUUUCAGUGCACAAUCAUUUGAAAUCAAGCACUUAUUCUACAGAUCAAUUAGCUAACGUUAUGUUUUAUCAUCACUCGUUCGCGUACAACCGUCGGGAGGUGCAUAUGAGCUGUCCAUGCCCUGGGAAUGUAGGCUCCUGACCGGUUUCUAUUGCCGCCUAGGUCGCGUUUCAAAAGGAGACGAGUUUUGCCGCCACCCGGAUUAUCUAAAGGAUUUAGUACAUGGCACAGUCGCCUUCACAAAGGGGAGAAUAUGGUGCUCAUACGUCAGUGCCAUCAUUGUAGCGGCAAUAUUAACU